AAAAUUCUAGAAAGAGAAACACACAUACAAUAAUGUCAUCAUCUUGGUUCUCUCUUCCAAAAAAUCCUUUCAAAUCCGACGACGAUGACGUCAUCACCGGCGGCGAGAAACCCUCCGAUCCGAAUUCGUCCGGCAUAAAAGAAGAUUUCUCAGCAAUUUCCAACACAUUCUCCCACCAUCUCCGCGGUGUCGCCGCUUUCCUGACUCCGACAUCACCUACUCAGUCAUCCGAGCAACAAUUUAGUGGAAUUAAGAGUGAUUUAGUUGAGAUUGGAGAUAGCUUUAAAUCGAGUUUCUCUUUGUUUUCUUCGAAAUUGUUGGCUUCGAAUUUGUUACAGUUUAGUGAUGAGGUGAAGGAUCGUGAAAAUGAUGAAUAUGAUGAUGAUGAUGAUGAUGAUGAUGAUGAAGAGGAGGAUGUUGUUGGUGUAACGGAUGAAGUUGUUGAUUUUGUUAGUACGAUUUCGCAACGGCCUCAGUUGUGGACUGAUUUUCCAAUCUCUUUACCUAGUGAUUUUUCCAUGUCUGAUAGUCAGAAAGAACAUGUGGCAUCCAUUGUGCAGUUUGUGCCUGGACUUGAGUCCUUGAGGCAGAAGGUUUGCCAUGAAUUAUCUGAUAGGCAAUUUUGGAUGAUCUAUUUCGUUUUAUUGCUUCCAAGGUUGAAUGGGAAUGACUUGGAGCUGUUGUCAACUCCUGAGAUUGUUGAAGUGAGGGAGACACUUCUGCAGCAGUUGCAAAGUAAGAAAGACCCACAACCUGAAGCAUCUAAGGACUCCGAGAUUGUUGAUGCAUCUGAGAAGGAUGUCGAGGUCAGUGGACAGCAAGCGUCUGAAAGUAAAUUGGAGGAGAAAAAUAUUCCAGCAGAGACUGCAAAUACCUCUAAAGAUAAAGACAGUUUGAAUGUCGAGAAACCUCAGCAGCAGUUAGAAGAUGAAAAGACUAAGAAUACAACCUCAUAUGCUGACAAGAAUGAGGACGACGUUUCUUUCAGUGAUCUUGAGGAUGAUGAUACCGAUCUAUCAGAUAGACUGCAAGGAAGCAAGCCCACGCACAGAAAGAAAGUUUCCUCAUCUAGUGAGUCCCAUGAAUGGAUUCAACUAAAUGAGAACUCUAGAGCUCAAGGGAGUCAGCAGAAGGCUGGCCAAUUGAUUCAGCGUGAUAAAGAUUCCGAAGGUGAGGACUGGCUCACUGUUGAUGACAUUGAUUCAGAUAGUGUGGCCACCAAUUGAUUCCUCUAAAGUCUAAACUCUGUAAAUGUUUCUUUUAGCACUCUUUUAUAAGUUUCACCCUGUAGAUUUUUAUGGAUGCCUUGGAAAAUAAGCCAAACAAUCCCCCCCCCCCCCCCCCCCCCCCCAACCAAAACAAAAAGGGAAGUAAGAAAAAGAAGAAGAGAUAGAAAUAGAGAGAUCAGUUGACAUGAGUUCAUAUGUCAUAGCUGACCUCCUUGGUGCCAGAAUUGGCAAAAAUGGAUUUGCUCUUUGUUGGUUUGAUUGUCACUUGUUUGAUAUUGUACAUGAUUUACAGCUCUUAUUCUUUCAGAAUGCUUUUAUUUGUUUA